ACCUGAAAAAAAUGCGCAGAACUUGAUUCUAUUGGCUCUUACGAUUCCAACAAGGUGUCAUUUGUCAAGAUUGACCAAUGGGGACCGAAGAUAUCGCCGCGCCUAACAACAACGGGGCUUGGUUGCACUGAAAGCUCAUUACGCACAGAGACGCACCGGAGGCUAGCGAUGCACCACUGCUGUUGACACAGAGAACUGUUCUGCUGCUUUUAUUUAUUUUAUCUCCUUGACAAAAUGUCAAGUGAUAAGCACAAAUACAGCCGAGAAGAAGCUUUGGCCUUGAUAUUUUUGGACAGUGGGGCAAAUGUUGCUGUUGAGGACUCGUCUUCUGACGACGACAGCCUGAUACAGCCGGAGCACUGUGAUUCAAGUGAGGAUGAACAUGAGCACCCAGGGCCCUCUACCUCUAGCUCCCAAGGUGCUUCUGCUCCCCCUCCACCUCCACCUCCCCGUAGCCAGCCAUCAAAGAGGAUAACAAGGCGUCGACGAAGUCUGCCUGUUGCACUAGUGGAAGAGGAAGGAGAAAGUGAGGGUGAACAUGAGCACCCAGGGCCCUCUACCUCUGGCCCCCAUGGUGUUUCUGCUCCCCCUCCCCCUCCAACCCAGCCACGUAGCCAGCCAUCAAAGAGGACAGCAAAGCGUCGCGAAGUCUGCCUGCUGCACUCGUGGAAGAGGAAGGAGAAAGUGAGGAUGAAUAUGAGCCUCCAAGGCCCUCUGGCUCACAACGCAGUUCUCAACGUCGUUCUGCUCCUCCCCCCACUCCAGCCCAGCCACAGGAUGGAGAAAGGUGGCACAAUCGAGAGGAGGAAGACCAAAAACCUGACCCCCUCAGGUUCAUGCCAGCCCGGAAUCCCGGUCCCACUAUUGACAUUACAGCAACAUGGACCCCUCUGGCACUCUUCCAGUUGUUUUUAGUGCAUCUGUUGUCAGGACAAUUAUUGACAACACCAAUGCCAAUGCAGCUAGGAGGAUUGAAGCUGGCAGAAAGUUCACGUGGAAGACUCUGACAGUGAAAGACUUCUACAUGUUUUUGUGCAUCAUUGUCUUCACUGGCCUUGUGCAAGUCCACCACAGAGGAGACUAUUGGAGAAAACAAUGGCCAUAUAACUUUCACUUCCCUCACGAGAAGAUGUCCCGUGACCGGUUUGAAACAAUUUUGUGGUCGUUGCACCUCAGCAACCCAAAAGAAGAUGAGGACAACGAUCACAAAAAAAACACUCCGGAUUAUGAUCGGCUCUUCAAAAUAAAACCCCUGUACACCGACAUUGUGGCAGCCUGCAAGGCUUAUCUCCAGCCUUCUCAAAACAUUUGUAUUGACGAGAGAAUGGUUGCAUCAAAGGCUCAGAGCAGUAUGAAGCAGUACAUGAGGGACAAACCUACUAAGUGGGGCUACAAACUGUUUGUACUUGCUGACUCUGCUACAGGCUACACGUGGAACUUUUUUGUGUACACGGGGAAGAGUGACAGGAGUAAUGUCAGCACAGCUCAUGGUCUGAGCUAUUCCUCGGUUGUGGACUUACUGCCUUAUUUUCUGCUUGGUGGUGGCUACAUUUUAUAUGUAGACAACUUCUAUACCAGUCCUGCCCUCUUCACACAUCUGCACCAAAAACACAUUGCCUGCUGUGGGACCAUCAGGAAAAACCGGGUUGGAUUCCCACAAACGUCCGCAAACGACUUCCCAAAAAGGCCAGAGAGGGGGGAUAUGCGCUGGAUCAGGAAAGACAAACUGCUGUUUCUGAAGUGGAUGGACACUAGGGAGGUGACGCUGUGCUCCACACUCCACCAGGCUUUCAGUGGAAAGACUGUUCAGCGCAAGGUGAAGGAGGGUGGGGUGUGGAGCACAAAGGCAGUGUCUGUGCCUGAUGCAGUUGUGGACUAUAAUAAGAGCAUGGGCGGUGUUAAUCUGUCCGAUGUUCUUAUCGGAUAUUACACCGUACACCACAAGACUAUGAAGUGGUAUAAAACUUUCUUUUACCAUUUCAUGGACAUAGCUAUUGUCAACAGUUUCCUGCUGCACAAGGAGUUGUGCAGGAUGAAGUCUCUUCCUGCUCUGACUCAGAAGGCCUUCAGAGAGCAGCUUGCAACUGAAAUGUUGGCCUUUGCUGAAGGCUCAUCCUCCACAUCUGCUCCAGCGUCACCCUCCACGCCUACUCCAGGGUCAUCCUCCACGCCUGCUCCAGGGUCAUCCUGCAUGCCGCGUUAUUACAUUACUGACGCAACUCAAGGACAGUGAAGAUAGAGCAGACACUGGUGACAAGCCCUUGUAUCCCGAUGCUCCACUUUCAAAAGGAGAAAGUUUACUGAUGCUGUUGUCCUAUGUGUUGCGGCACAAUUUAACUGGUGAAGCACUGACUCAUUUGCUGGAAAUGUUUAACAUAAUGUUUCCAGGCCUGAUCUCAUCUUCACAUUACUUGUUCCACAAAGAAUUUGGAAGAUCAUCGACAUUUGAAGUUCACUUUUAUUGUGAAAGCUGUUUAAAAUACCUUGGCAUUAGAGCUGACUGUCCCUCUCAAUGUGACUCUUGCAACACACUAUUUGAUGCCAAUGCAAACCUGAAAAAAGGCUUCUAUUUUCUUGAGUUGCCCCUGUGUGCACAGAUAAAGCAGCUUCUGCAAGAACACAGUGCCAGUCUUAAUGACAAAACUAAAACUUUUGGGAUUCUCUCUGACAUAUAGACCAGGGGCCAAGGCAGAUUUGGUAUCACUUAAAGGGACCAAGCAAUUUUGAUAUUUUCAACUUCCUCUAUGUCUCUAGUUUGCAUUUUGGUAUGAUAGACCUGCCUAUCUAGUAGCUUUAUAAAAAAUUCUGGAUGAUCUUUGGGUCCUCCCCAAAAUUGAAAAUAGUCAAAAUUGAGGCUUCUCCAAAAGGGACAGUGUCUGUUUUAUCACAUGAAUCUCAGGAAAUAAUUAUCAGAAUGUCACCAAAUUUGGACUGAAUGUUCACAGACAGUUGCUGCACACAAUGCAGCAAAGAUUUUAUCAGUGCCUUGCUCCUUUUAAAAAAUGUAUACAGCUAAGCACACAUGAAUUAUAGGUGGACAUGGAAUAAGGAAUAAAAAAUCCAAAAGGCAUGUAUAUAUGUGUUUGCCAUUAUUAAUGUAAAUAAGCCAGUCUCCCAAAAUUUCAUUUAUAUGUGCCAAAGAAUGUAAUCUUAUCAUAAAAGUAGGUUAUUAGAUUAUUCACCUCACCAUAUGAUGUCACCAGCCCCUGACAGGUAACUAGUGCAGCCAGAACUUCAAACAGAAAAAUAGAAUGGGGCCCUAUUAGUCCAGGGGCUAAAGGAAUCAUUUUCACAACUUGGUAGGCCCCUAUCACCCACGGGGACCAAACAAUUUUGGCAUUUUUAUCUCUCUACAGGUCUCUAGUUUAUGUUUUGGUAUGAUAGCCCUGCCUAUCUAGUAGCUUAAUUAUAGUUAUUACUCUGUAAACAAACUUACACCCGUGUGGCAAAACACUACAAAUAGGGUGAAAAAUUAACUAAUAGAUAUCCCCAUGUAACUUAUCCAGUUGAUCACUUAAGACAAGUAUUUUUGUCUUACAAAUUUUCUGAAAUAUUUUAUUUAAAUAUGCACCAAUUUUGAUCAUGAAGACAAUCACAAGGAGGGCAAAUUGAUUACGCAGUUACUGUGCUAACACUCAGAGUUAGUGUAACCUGCAGUAGGCCUACUAGCACUCAGAGCUGCCCAGUUGCUAUUUGACCCAUAACUAGGAGGCAAAGAGAGUGCUACCACUUACCUAAGGCGGACUCCCGGGCUAGCAGAGGGAAGGAGGUGCCUUAUUUCUCCA